AUGGCCUCAGAGCUCAGGGACCUCAACGACAUCAGGGUGUCGUUCACCCCCGGCAAGCCGUUCUACCCCUACGAGCAGCUGCUGGCCGUGCAGCCCGCGUCCUCCUGCACGCUGCUGCCGGAGCCCUACCAGUAUCUGAUGACGUCACCCACGAGCCCCAUCCGCGACUUCUACCCUGUGAAGUUUGACAUUGACAUGGAGGGCAAGAGGGCGGAGUGGGAGGGCAUCGUGAAGAUCCCCUUCAUCAGCGAGGACAGGCUGCUGGCCGCGGCGCGCAGCGUGAAGCAGGAGGCGCUGACGAGCGAGGAGCGGCGACGCAACGCCCACGGGGAUGUGCUGGUGUUCCAGCACGUGGCGGGGCGCCACGAGGCGGAGCACUGCGAGAGCACGCUGCCCAGGUGGGGCGCCACGGUCCACCACGCGCACAGCAGCUGCCGCCACGUGCCCCCGCCGCCGCCGCUGCCGCCGGCGCAGCUGGGCUUCCGGCCCGCGCUGGUCAAAGGCACGCUGACCGGCAAGAAGAACCCACCGGGCUUCCCCACCCUCAAGACAAUGAAGCUGGUGGGUGCGGAGCUCAAGAUGGCGGGCGUCACCGUGUUUGGCAACCCCUCCAAGAAGGAGAGCCUCAUCCUCACGCUGCCAGACAUUCACCAGGUCCUGGGUGAGUCCACUGACGCGAGCGCGGUGUCGUCGAUGAUAGGGGAGCGCGUUUACGUGAAGUGGCCCUACCUGCAGGAGGCGCAGAUUGUGCGGGUGUCUGACAAGUCGCAGGACCUGUCGGCCACGGGCGCGCGCCAGAUGCCCAAGGAGGAGGCCGACAACUGGGCCAAUCUGUCGUCCCGCACCCGCAACGUGUUCCUGACCAAGCAGGGCGUGGAGACGGGGCCGCUGCCCGUCAUGCUGCACGUCAAGGCCUGCACGGGGUACGUGCGCCACGCGGAUGGCAGCGUGGUGAAGCGCUACAAGGACGAGGAGGCGCCCUACCCCCUGCAGGCGCGCACGCCUCCACGGCCCCACCCGCUGGCUGCCCCCGGGGCCGCCGGCGCCGCCUUUCUGGCGCGGCGGCGUGGCGCCGUCCUGCGCCAGCGUCCGCGCCCGCCGGCGGGCUUCCACGACCCCGAUGAGCCGCGGCCCAUAGACCUGCAGGAGGGCGUGCGCGUGCUCUUCCUGGGCCAGGAGCACUACGGCUGCGUCGCCACGCUCCUGCCAGACCCCGGCCGCGGCGUCGACGCCCACGGCCGCCGCCUUCUCGGCCUCUCCGCCGGCGGCGCCCCCGGCGCGCGCGCGUGCGUGCGGGUCGCGCCGGCGCGGCACGACGCGGCGGGGGCCGCGAAGCGGGGGCGGCAGGUCGUGCGGGAGUACCCCAUUCAGUACAUGCCGAGCGGCGUCGCCGCCAGGGCGCUGCGCGUCAACCCGCGCCUGCUGGGUCGCGUGACGGGCAACGUGUGGGUGGGCGACGGCGACAACCGCGUCGACGUGGGGCUGGCCGUCAAGAACGCAAAGCAGGGGCUCUGCGUGCCGGGCCUGGCGGCCCCCCUGCAUGAUGACUCUGGCUGGGCCUACAGCCAGCCGCUGCUGGACCUGGUGGCGGAGUACAGGCGCCGCUUCCCCUGGGUGCUGUCCACGCUGGAGAGCAGCUCCGAGCACCGCCUGACCGCGGAGAUGCUGGUACCAGCCUCAGUCGCAGCCACCGCCUCGGAGCGCAGCGCCAAGCUUUCGGAGGUGACGUCAUGGCUCAAGGGCCUGCCGACCGCCAAGCGUCCGCUGGUGAAGACCGGGGUGCAGAUCGCCAGCGACAAGGCGCUGGAGAUACUGCUGGCCACGAUGCCGCCGCUGCUGCCGCGUGGCGCGGGCUCCUUCCUGCCCGUGGACUACGAGAACGUGGCGGCCCCCCUGCUGCUGCCGCCCUACGACCCCUCGCGGCCCCUGUCAGCCCUGCUGGGCGGCCAGCUCGAGCACACGGCCAAGAUUGGCCUUCCAGUCCCGGGCACACCCGUCUGCCAGUCUCCCAGCCAGUAG